AUGAUCGUCCAUUUCCCAGUGGAGAUUCUCUCCAUCAUUUUCAAGCAGGUGGCUCAUGGCCUGACCUCAAAGAAACAAUUCCAGGAUGCGCACAGGCUUCGGCUGGUUUCCACAACUGUACAGGCGAUUGUCGAGCCCAUCCUGUAUAGAAGCGUCGAUACAGAGGAUGACGGCAGGGUAGAGCAGGUAUUCUGGUCAAUGAUGCGCCAACCGAGACUGGCACGUCUGGUGAAGCGGGUUGACUUGACAGAUGAGUGCACGGAGCGAAAUCAUAUCGACUCGGAAGAUGAGGAAGAAGAAGACGAAGGCUGCGGAAAGGGGGAAGAAGGGAAGGAAAGACAAGGGCGGCCAGAAUCCAACUCUGAUGAAUCCCAGCGCCUCUCUCAAUCUGACGACGACUCGAAAUCCCGGCAUUUGAGCGCUGCCGUUGAGAUAUUCAAGAGCAAGUUUCAAGCCCACGGAGAGAGAAUCCGCUCCUUAGAGAGCCACUGGGUACGCAAACUCCUGAAGUCAAGACUAGACGCCAUUCAAUGGGCGCUCUUAGUCCAACUAUCAAAUCUUACCUCCCUCAGGCUCAAGAUCAACAGAGGGAAGCUCGCGCAGAUGGCCAUUCUCCUCCAUCUUCCACGGCUUGAGAACUUCGACUUUACCGUCGCUGUCGGAGGCGAAGGGGUUUGGUCCGGAGAAGUUUCCUCAGAAGGUAUACUGGAGAGCAUUAUAUCCAGCACGAACCGGCUGAAGUCUCUGAGGUUUGAGAACAUAGAUGGAUCCUGCUAUUCACCAAAACAGCACGACGCCGAAGAACUGAAGGAAAUCCUCGAUCGACACGCGGAGACCCUUGAGAACCUUGACAUUGUCUGUGGAAUGGACGACGAAGGGGAUUGGCGCAUGCCGCAAGAAUGUGUUGAUAUUAAUGGGUGUUUUGGGUCUAUGAAGCAUUUCACCCAACUUGCGAAUCUCUCAAUCCAGCUCGAACUUCUAUUGGGAAGGCCUGCCGGCAAUCAACAUCGCCUCAAGGAUGUCCUUCCUCCGAAUUUAUGCCAGCUCACCUUACUCACGUUGGCCGACUACUAUGGCGACGAACACGACAUGGUUUGGAAAAACGAACACUACGUCCCACACCUUGAGGAAUUGGCGAGAGCGGCUGAGGAUGAUCAAAGUUUUACUUCAUUGGACGAAGUGCGUAUGCAUUUGACACGCAAAGAUCGGUUCAACCCGUAUAGAGCUGGGAAAUAUGAAGAAGGCGUACUAGGCCAGUCUCGGAUUAAUUUCAGGUGGUCCUGA